AUUUAAAAGCUACAUUAUAUAAAUUCCAAACUGUGAUAAACACUUGUUAGUAUGUCGGUUAUAUUCCAUACAUGUAGACGCACCAUGAAGGUUCCAAUUCUAAUUCUUCUAGUCUGCGCUGGGAUACAGUGCGAGUUGCCACCACCAUAUUUGCGCCAAGACUUCAGGCCGAGCCCUCAACAGUACCAACCAAUAAAAACAAUCGAUGUAAAAAUUCCCUCCCGACUCACCAUUGAGCAACUGAUCAAGCUCACUGAACAGCUACAGAAUUCUCAAGAACGGGUCGUUAACCGGCCCCAGAAAAUCCAAGUCAGUUUCGAGCAAAACUCCUACUUGCCACCCUCCAGGCCUGCUCAACAAACCGUCAAUUUCCAGCCACAGGACUCCUACUUGCCUCCAUCAAAAACUCCAGGGCAGCAAAGCUCAUAUUUGCCACCCGCCAGGCAACCUGAACAGAUCUACAGACCUCCAGCCCAGUUUCGACCUCCGUCUCAGCCUCAGAAUGGGCAGUCGUUCAGACCUCAGAACAAUCAAAAUAUUGAGCUGGCAUUCGCACCUCAGAGGCCACAACAUCAAUUCCAGACUCAGCAACCAAAUUUUGAAAGACCCCAAAAUCAAUUCCAGAGUCAGCAACCAAAUCUUGAAAGACCUCAAAAUCAAUUCCAGACUCAACGACCAAAUUUUGAAAGACCGGAAAAUCAAUUCCAGAGUCAGCAACCAAAUCUUGAAAGACCUCAAAAUCAAUUCCAGACUCAGCGACCGAAUUUUGAGAGACCUCAAAAUCAAUUCCAGACUCAGCGACCACAAAACCAAUAUACGCCCUCUCAAGGAUUUAGACCUGAAGGGACAAACCAGAAUCAAUUUUCCCCAGCUCAGACCGGUUUUAGGCCCUCCAAUCAAUAUGGAGCGCCUCAAAACUCGCCCGAAAAGCUGCAAAACUCACAGCAGAGUCUCCCUCAAGCCACUUAUGGAGUACCCAACAGGGAAACUUCUGGAUCCGUUAAUAAUCAACAGAAGCCGCCUGCAACGAACUACGGGGUGCCAGAUGUUAGACCACUUGAGACACUCGACGAACAACGAACGGAUGAAGAAGUGUUGAGGCAGAAAGUGUUGGAUGCGCUCAAGAAGCAACAAUUGCCCUACAAGCCGGCCUCUGGAUUUAGGCCGGAUAGUGUAAAUCAGCAAUAUUUGCCUUCUGAGGGUGAAGGAUCAGUGGGACAGUCUCAGACGCCUUUUUCUGGAAACCGUCCUCAAAAUAGGCCUGCAGCGGAAAAUCCAGGUCAGGCAAAUAAACCCGCAACAGAUAUUGGGCAGGGAUAUUUGCCCCCUAAAGGCGUUGCUGAGGGUGGAUUCAAUUCCAGGCCGUCCACAGCAAGACCGCCCGUUACUGAAUCAUCUCCAGAAAGUGUUGAUGGAUUAAGCCAGCCGGACCAGGAACCCAAGCCUCAGCAACCAACAGAUAACCCCUUGAACCAGGAGGGAGCGGAAGCAGGUCCAAAUAUUUCCAUAGCGAAUGCGGUGGCAGGAGGAGGCAACUUUUUCUACCUGCAACAGCCCGAUGGAAGAUUGCAGAAAGUCGUUUUGGAGAAGACCAGAGAACCCAACAGCAAACCGGAGGAAUACGUGGCUAAUUAUUACUUCCAGAACAUCCAGGCUCUGCCCAAUGUUGUCUACACCCCUUUGGUCACUUUGGAUUAUACCCAACAGUAAUGGGAUUUAACUUUAAAAUAUUUAGAAAUUAAGUAUUUAAUAUAAUUAUUAUUAAA